AUGAAUGGCAGCGCAGUGAUAGAGGUGUUUGGUCACAUAUUUGUCAGUUUUACGCAAAGCGUGUCUGAGCGUUUCAACCCUGAAGAAUCUGAAUUCACGGCAGAGUCUUCGGGCUACGAGCCUUUACAAAGCACAGGUCUGGAGUGGAAUUAUCUCCCAGUUGAUGAGCUUAUUUAUCAGGAAUACAGCGACAGAGAAGUCAGAACCUUGAAUUAUCAGACUGAUGUUACUUGCAAGGUAAGGGUUAUAGAUGCCUGCUCACUGGACGAAAACGAAGAAAUACAAAAUGAAAGGCAGGAAGAAGAUGGAGCAAUGGCAUGGAAGCGACUUAGACUAUCUGCUCUCCGCACAGUUGGUAAAUCAAUGUACAUUGGAGCUUUCAUUUCCUUGAUAGCAUCUUCUGUCAUAGGCUCACUCUACAUGCUCUUAGUUUAUCUCAUUUACAGAACUGAACUUAACUGUCUUUUCAACUCCAAAAAUACGAUUCCAGUAAAAGUACAAUGGAUUACUUCAAUAUCUGGUAUCAUAUCUUGCUUCUUUCUCUACAUGUGGGUCUUUGUUAGCAUGUUUUUUCUUUUACGGCCGUAUCAAUUGAAGGGGCUAAAAGGAAGACUCUUUCUGGUUUCGUUCUUCUUUUAUUUGUUGGAUGCAUUGUAUCGUGUGACCUUACAAGCCUUUGACAGAGCUUCACUGAAUAAGCCAUUUUCGUUACAGAGCGUCCCACUUCGCGUUUUGUUUAUUUCCAGUAUAUUUUGUCAGGUGUAUCUUGUGAGCGCACAUUUCUCUGAAAGACGAACAGGUAGACAACGAGCCACUUUGUUCCUACAACUUAUUCUCCCUACCUGUUUCAGCAUGAUUAUUUCAACUAUUUCAUUUCAAAUUAUUUACCCAGCCUAUGAAGGCCAAACCAAGCAUAAUAAACUACUUAUCGCAAUCUUCUCUCCUCUUAUUGGAGUUUUACUGAAAGUGAUUUGCAGGAUUUCGAUCCAACGGUUGUGGAACAUUACCUUUCCUAGAUUUUCGUAUGUUUUGCUAGCACCAGUGUAUUUCGGCUGUGCAAUCGUGUUUCGAGUUUUACAAGCGGAAUUGAACAGUUUACAAUCCAUGUCAGUUCUAGGAAUAAUUCAUGGUGUUGCAGAAGUCUUGGAACGAAGCGUUAUGGUUGUCACCGAUCAUUUUGGUCACGUGAUUUGGAAAAGAAGAUCAGCUCCUUUGGGAAGUUUUCGCACUCCUCGCCGUGAGCGACUAAUGGCUGAUACCGCUAUCAUGAGCAUGUUGUAUGAAUCAACUGCUAUAGUGUCUUUAAAUAGCGUUUUUUACUUGCAUCAAUUUAUUUACGUAUCGGAACAACCCUUUGCAAAGUUGUUUCAGUCGUUUGCCGUCCAAACGUCAAUUUUACUAGUGAUUGAGUGGAUUUUCACCAGCGUAUCUCUGGCGAUCGAGACUUACUAUCAGAAUAUUGCUGUCAUGGCUGUUUGGAGAAAAAGAUGGAAGAGACAUACACUUGUGGCAAUUGUCAAUGCAGUUUUUGCAUCAAUAUGGUCGAGUGGAUACUUCACAGUAGUCAUGCAUGGUCGCCUCAUAGAUAAUACUCAACCUUGCAAGAUGCCCUUUGCUUAAGUAAUAUGAAGCAAUCAGGGAUUACGGUGUUAAUUACCUGGGUUCCUGUUUGAACUUAAAUUUGUCGAUGCCAACUCACAUUGGUAAGAUCUCAAGCAAGGUUUGUCAACAGCACUUGCCAAAUUCGGGAAAUCCCUCAGCCGUAAUUCAAAGUAAUCUUUUGCUUGCGCAUUUUUGUUUGCCUCGGUGUCGUUAAUUAUUUCAGUCAGAUCAUUACAGAGAUGUCCAAGACACUUUGUGGAAAACGAGAGCCAAUUCAUACAGUUAAAUACCUGUUAGGAUCGAAAUUGUUAGGUAAAUUUCUAAUUGCUAACAUUAUUCUAAUUGCUGAAGCACUAUUUCUAUUUUGGUGUAAAAUUUUAUUUUUCCUUAAGGUUUUUGUAAUCUAUAUAUUUCAUCCACGAGAGGUAUAUUUCGGUAGAGCGAAUCUCGGUAAACACGAAACCGUCGUGAAAUUAUUGGCUGUAGUCGUUUUUCGGCGCCUACACUAACAACAUAGCAAAUGAUAAAUUUAGAGGAAACAGUUUAAAGUGAUACGUUCUCUUCCAUAUUAAAGCCUUAAAAUGUGGAAUAAAUUUAAGAAAUUAUAUAAUUUGAAACAUAUUGUACCUCAGGGUGUAUGGUUCUAUUUUAGGGUUAUCACGUGACAUAUAUCGAAAUGACUUCACUGGAGUAGAUACAUUCUUGAAUAAAACAGCCACGACACGUGAGUUUAUGAGACAGUGUUGGUUCACGCAGCUAAGGCCGAGGCUCUAAAUCAGAAGUUUUAACAGAAUAAAGCCGUAUUUGUA